GUGAGGUUAUCUGAUGUCCUCGCUGCUCACACCCACCUUUUCUCUCUCGUGAUGGCGUCUCCGGCUCUCCGAAUCAGGGUCAGAUGCCCCACGGUGUGUCCCGCCCCUGUUGAUCUAAAAGGAUGUACUCCUCAGACAAGAUUUGCCGAUUUUCAAUCCAUGAUACUCAAGGCUCUCGGCAGGGAGCGCGAGCAAGACUUGUCGAUACUCACUGGCUUCCCACCCAGGCCGCUGGACAUGCCCGGAGACGCGGAGAUCGGCAGCAAGCUGUCUGACAACGAGAGCGUCACGGUACGUCUCGCCACGCAGACGGCCGGCAUUCAGCAGGGAGGAAAGUGGGGCCGUUCUAAACGGGCGAAAACGGCUAAUACUACCACCGCAGCCACCACCACCGCCACCUCAUCAUCGUCUACACGUAGCUCUUCCCGCGCGUCUAGAACCACCGCCGCCGCUGCCGCCGGGGCAGGCGACGCCACGACCGCUACGGGUGACGCCGGCCGCAGUAGCUCCGACCCUUCGAAAGGGCUCGCAGGCAAGAAAAAGUCCAACGGCAAGUCGAAGAAUGCGGGCGAGAGAACUGCUGCUUCAUCUGGCGGCCGGAACAGCGGCAGCAGCGGCGGCGGCGGUGGCGGCGCGACGGCGAGAGGGGCGGCCUCGGCCUCGGCCUCGAGCGGUACAAGCGGAGGAGGAGGUAGGGCGGGAGGCGUGCACACCCUCGGCGGGCCCCUCACCCGGCCGGCAGCGAGCCCAUGCAGGAGAGGCAGCGGAGGAGGGGACUCCGGCAGGCCGGAUCCCUCCCCGGCCGCCGCUCCCGGACAGGUGCGCACGCUGUUCGGCUCCUCGGCCGCUACCUCCCGCCGGGCUGCUGGCGGCAGCAGCAGCAGCAGCAGCUGCAGCAACGGAGCAGCUGCAGCAGCCGCUGCGCGACGAGUAGGAGGCGCUGCUGCAGCGUCGAGUGGAUCAUCGCCUUCGGCUGGAGGAGGAGGAGGAGGAGCGGAGCCCGAUGCGGUCGCGACGGCCAUGGCUGCGGCCACCGGAGGCAGCGGGGCGCCCAACAGGAAGCGCCCGCGGGGCACCGGCGUCCAGCUCAAGAGCGAGGGGGACAUCGCUGAGCGCUUGCUGACUGCGGUCGGGGGCGGGGGCAAGGGCACCGCGGACCGCUUCUUCAGGAAGGCGAUGAAGCUUGCGGUCGACAAGCAGUACGACCAGAGCCGGGCAGAUGCCCGUGUACGUGCCGCCCUCGGCGGUUGGUACACGGUGGAGGCCAGUGCGACGCAGCGGCGGCUGGGGGAUGGCGAGUCUGUCGCUCUCAACAUAUCGUUCUCAAAGGGAGCUGGCGCCAAGAGCCAGCUGACGGAGACCGUGGACCGCAUCCCCCGCGAGCAAGUCUCCGCCGUGGUCCGCAUGAUCGCCCGCGACCCGGAGUCCCGGGAGAUGCUCAAGCCCCACAACUUCGCCGGCUGCAGCCCACGCAUGUUCUGGUCGCUCGUGCAGCACUGGGGCGGCGACGUGCCGGCGGCACUCCGCCUCGCCGCGCCCGACGUGGACUGGGGCUUCGUGGAGACCAGGAACCGGAAGCCGUCGGAGAAGGCUGUGGCGAACGCGACGGCGGAGGAGGCGGAGCGGCGGGAGGCGGAGGAGGAGCGGGCGGAGAGGGCGAGGGCCGGGAGGAAGAGGAAGAGGAGGAAGAGGAGAAAGGAGGGCAUCGAGACGGACUCAUCCGAAGAAGAAAGAGAAGAAGAACCGCAGCACGCGGCGGAAUCUCUGCCAGCCGACGAGGUGUCGGAGGAAGCGCGUGCCGCUUCCGCGGCAGCGGCGGCGGCGGACGCCCGUCGUCGGGCCGCCAACGCCGCCCUCGCCAGGCUUACCGCGUCGCAGCGGCGCCCGGCACCGGCGGCGGUCGGAGGGUCGGCGGCGGCGGCGGCGGCGGCGGCGGCGGCGGCUCCGGUUGUGCCUGACACGGAAGAAGAGAACGGGGAUGGUGUGGAGGAGGAGGAGGAGGAGGAGGAGGAGGAGAUUGACAUGGAGGGUUUGGUGGAGGUAGCAGGAGAGCCCGGGGCCGGGCUUCUUGUCGCGGCCGGGCUGAGGACGCUCGGGCAGCUUGCCGAUCGCGACGAGGAGGACCUGGCGCGACAGCUGGCCGCCCUGCAGCAGCAGCAGCAGCAGCAGCACGAGCGAGAUGCAGGCGAAGGGUCUGCUGCCGGGGAAGGAGCGGCGGCAGAUGGAGGUGCGGGUGGCGGAGGCGGCAGCAGUGGCAGCGGAGAGAAGGCCAGGGUCACCGCGGAGGAGGUUUCCGAGUGGGUGCAGGGAGCGAGGGGGGAGGAGCUGGACGAGAUCAUGGCGGACAUUGUCGGAGGGAACGAGGAUGUGAUCGAGGCGUUGGAAGAAGUGUCGGUGUCUACCCCGAGGGACCUCGUGCGAAUGGGCGCGUUCCCGGACGUGUUGGUCGGAGCCGUCAGGGACAAGGUGGGCGCCGAGCGCUUCGCGCCGCUCGCGGGUCUGAUCACGACCGAAGCGGUGGAGGCGUGGCGGAGGAAGGGCGACCGCUUGCUGGAACAAAGGCCGUGGCUAGAGCUCUGGGUGCACCAGGGGUGAAGAAAGCGGCGCGUUCGGGGGGGGGUGGAGCGGCCGUGCUCCUUCUACCGCCGCUGCUUGUGGAAGGCCGGUGUACCGUGUUUCACUUUCUGUUUUGCGUGUAUAUUGUGGGUUGUGUUCAUUGGUUGCACUUAUGAUGCUACCGCCCCCUCCCCCCCCCCAUCCAUGAUUCUUUUUCUUGGAUGUAGUCGGGUGUGCGACAGAGGGGGAACUGCUUGCUGGAGCAAAAGCUGGUCGUCCCUCAGAUGGUGUGGUUGUACGUAGGGCGGAUGAAGCGUAGAGAUGAUACCUAUUCUUCAUUCUGUACAACCAAUACCGCGAUUUGUUUGAGAGCAGUCGGCGCCGCGCUAGCCUGGCGGUUGAGCAGAGGGUGGGAGAGACAGAAAUAUGGUCGAUGGAAGCUAUGCCUAUCGACUUGGGGGUGCAACGGCGUGCAGAAAGUGUCGCCAGUACCAAGCUAUGAAUUGCCUGGAAGCGCCCUGGGAUCACCGGGGUAUGGAGGCCGGUGCUCAACAAGAAGGUGUGCUGCCAGCAAAAGAGCAAAUCGAUAUGGAAGCUUUUCUUGCUCCCAGUUCGUGAUUUUCAGGCAAUCUGUGUCGCGACUGCUGGUCAUGGGCCAAGAGUGUGGGCCUUGAAUGUUGUAGUUUAGCCCCGCACCAAAUUUGGUUGACGGCACGAUACGUAGGUUGGUGUCGUAUUGAAUACGGAUGUACAUUUUGGUUUGGCUUUGGGGAGGGGGUAUCACUGGUACGCAGUUCUUCUUCCUAGGGUUGGGGGCACGUGGUGGGUGCUGAAGCGAA